CAAUCCGACGAGGCUUCUUCACCGCCUAUGGCCACACAUCGGCAUCCCUGAGCCGCUGGCCUCGUCCCGGACCUUUCGCUCAUCGCAGUCGUCCAAAGGUCUUUGAAUCCGGGCGACUUUUCUACAGACAUUUUUUGAAAUCAACCUCGGCUGACAAUUUUUUUAAAGAACCAGGUGCUAUGCAGGGCCCAUCUCUCUAGAGCUUGUGAUCAAUACACGAUCUCUCCUCCCACAUUCGUCCGACCGAGACCCUGGUACUCUCAUCGAGCCCCGACGAUGCAUCCUAACGCAGUAAUGCUGGCGGUGGUCCUUCUGGGGAACUUGAUGCUGCCUUUCAUUGUGGCUCAAAACGCUGGGUUUGUGAAGUCGCCAAUGUCUGAGACUAAGCUUACGGGGGACACCUUUGAGCUGUACUGCGACGUGGUUGGUAACCCCACUCCAGAGAUCCAGUGGUGGUAUGCCGAGAUCAACCGGGCCGACUCCUUCAAGCAGCUGUGGGAUGGAGCCCGCAAGCGUCGGGUAUCUAUCAACACGGCCUACGGUGCCAAUGGGGUUAGUGUGCUUGGCAUCACUCGCCUCACACUGGAGGACUCUGGGACCUAUGAGUGCCGGGCCAGCAACGACCCCAAGCGCAAUGACCUCCGACAAAACCCUGCCAUCACCUGGAUCCGCGCUCAGGCCACCAUUUUGGUGCUACAGAAACCAAAGAUCAGUGCCUCUGAUCAGACCGUCCUGCCAGCGGACAGCUCUGGCAUACCCAUUACCCUGCAGUGUAACCUCACCACUGCUCACACUCCCCACGAGGAAAGCUUCUGGAUGAAGAAUGGACAGGAGAUCCCCAAUACACGGACAGAGCAGAGGAACACAGUAUACAGAAUCAUUAAACCACGGGCGGAUGAUUCUGGGGAAUACAUGUGUGUUUACACAUUUCAAAUGGCACCAAAUGCAAAUGCUACAAUUGAAGUAAAAGCAAAACCUGACAUCACUGGCCACAAGCGAAGUGAAAAUAAAAACGAGGGGGAAAAUGCAAUGCUUUACUGCAAGUCUGUCGGUUACCCACAUCCCACCUGGACAUGGCGUAAAAUGGAUGGAACAUCCUACACGGACAUUGACAACUCCACUGGACGCUUCUUCAUCACUAAUAGAGACAACUACACAGAGCUCAACAUAAUCAACCUGGAUAUAAACACAGAUCCUGGAAAAUACGAAUGCAAUGCCACUAACGUGAUUGGGAACACUGCUGAGAUCACUAUCCUACGGGUGCGAAGUCAUCUUGCACCGCUUUGGCCAUUCCUGGGUGUGCUAGCAGAAAUUAUAAUCCUUGUAGUCAUCAUCGUUGUGUACGAGAAACGCAAGAGGCCAGAUGACAUUAUCGAUGAUGAUGAACCAGUUGGACCAAUGAAAACAAAUUCUACAAACAACCACAAGGACAAAAACAUUCGCCAGAGGAAUACAAAAUAAGCAAUUUACUCAAAUGAGAUGGCUAAACUGCAUUUUUGGCUACAUGAAGGCAUCAGAGGUGGAUAGAGCUCCAGGCAGUUUUGAAAAAAGCAUAUCUUGUCUCAUUUUAUGAGAAACAAUAUCAGCAUAACACUGGCAACAAAAAGAACAUAAUGGCUGUCUUAAGCAUGCCUUAUUCAGUCUUACAUGGAGAUUUCGGGAUGACGAAUAAUGACGAAAAACCACCACAAAGGUGUACACAUUUUUAAUGUGCUGUUGAUGUCUCCUUUAUUCAUUUUAUCAUGGUCCUCAGAUGAGGUGAUCCCUUUUGUAUUACAUAUCAUGUACAAUGCAUGCAAGAUAAUUACGCAAUAGGAUACUCAGAAUAGACAUCUUCUGUUGUUAUCCCUCGUGUGGCUUUUUUUGCAUCCAAAAUUACCUUUUUUAUGGAGUCAUCCUUAUCAUAUAUAUAUAUAUAUAUACAGCACCAGUCAAAAGUUUGGACACACUUUCUCAUUCAAGUGAAUGGGAAAGUGUGUCCAAACUUUUGACUGGUUAUAUAUUAUAUAUAUAUACGUAUAUAUAGUUUUCUUCUUGAAAAUUUGUACAGCAUAUCAUUGUAAUUUAACUAUGUUUGAUUUUGUGACAAGAAGUCCACUUUUAACAGAACUUUUAUUGUGAAGCAAGGGCUUCAAUGACUGGCAGUAUUUACAUUUAAUUGAGAGUGAUUACAGAAAAUGACUACUGUGUGUUUAACUAUCAAAACAAAAAUAUGUGUAUUAUUUUUAUUUUCUUUUGAGAGUAACUUAGGUGUCUCGUAUAUGUUGCAGUAUGAGUGUUCAAAUGAUAGGAAAUCUGUGAAAGAACUAUUUUUUUUAUAUUUCCCAAUUUCAUUAAUUGAUUUUUAUUUUCUAUUUUUUCUCUUUAACUGUAUAGCAUGGCUAUAAUCCUAUGCAAUAUGUAUUCUUAAAUAGAUAUAUGGAGGGCAGUUUGUUUUACUCAGUGAAGCUUUAAUAUUGUGGGAUCACUUGGAAGCUGGCAUAGCAAAAUUCACUGCUGUAGCUGCAUGACUCCUCUUUCAAUACAAUGUAUCAGUGUGUGUUGCGGUGGAAAUGGACCUGCAUUAAGGUGGGAACAGAGGGACCAGAGUAUAUAGCCACGAUCAAACAUAGUGAGACCAAUAUUUUUUUCUGAAUAAAAGGUUUAAAAAUGAA